GCUGGGGUUUUAUCAUUUGCUUUGGUUCUCAUUCUGUGAUUGGUUUUCUGCCAUAAAGUCUCCACCUUUGUGGCUCUGUUUUCUGCCAAGAUAGCUCGCAUUGAUUAUGAUUUGACCUUGGCUUCUAGGCUGUCACUGCAUGAGUUGAAAAGCUGCUGUGAUGUGUUGAUCUCAGCAUCUCAAUCUCCUUUUAUGACAUUCAAGGUGUAGGCAUUUGUGGGAUGCUCCUGUGAUCUGACAGUUUUUGGAGGAAGGCAGUUUUUUUUUUGUCUUUGGGGAUUCCUAGGAAACAUGGGCGGCUGUGUUUCAAACCCGACCAAGAAGAUCAAAUCACACAGAGUGCCCUUCCCAAAGUGUCGAAGGUUUCGCAGGAAGAGGCCUUGCAGUGUGUCCGUUGCACCAAUAGAACAGUUUUCUGGUGUGGGGAAUUACGGGAGAGAUUUCGAUGCAGACGAGUUUGUCUCGAUCGAGAAUGAAGAAUGGAUGGUGACAAACCGGAGACGAGCUAACCUCAGCCAAGUUGAUUCUAGUGGGGUGUGUCAAGAGGAAGCCUGGUUCGAUUCGAAUAGUUUCCUCGAGUCUGAUUCAGAUGAAGACUAUUGCAGUGUUCAUGGAGACUUUUGUCUUUCGUUGGGCAACACAGCCGGGAGUGUACUAGCAAACCAAAUGGCUAUGUGCGAGGGAGAUAGAAUCACUGAACUUUGUACAUCUAAAAGAUUGUUGUGUCGUCCAAGGGCAGGACAGAUCAUUCCAUGUUCUAAGGACGAGAAACUAGCUCAAGGGUGUUGGAUUCCAGUUUCGCCUUCUGUCUUUAAACUCCGGGGAGAGACUUACUUCAGAGAUAAGAGGAAAAGCCCUGCACCCAACUGUUGCCCUUAUGUUCCUUUCGGUGUUGAUCUAUUCGCUUGCUCCCAGAAGAUAUCUCACAUUGCUCAGCAUCUUCAAUUGCCUACUGUAGAGCCACACGAUAAAGUUCCACCGCUUCUGAUCAUUAAUAUACAGCUACCAACAUAUCCCGCUUCCCUGUUCCUUGGAGACGGGGAUGGGGAAGGAACGAGCCUCGUCUUGUAUUUCCAAUUAUCAGAGAACUUCGAGAAAGAGACUUCGCCACAAUUUCAAGACAGCAUAAAGAGACUUGUGAUGGAUGAGGUGGAAACCGUCAAGGGUUUUGCAAAAGAAUCAGCGGUGCCAUACCGGGAGAGACUAAAAAUUUUGGUGGGCGUCGUGAAUCAUGAAGAACUCCGCCUGAAUUCUGCAGAGAAGAAGCUUUUGCAUGCCUACAACAAUAAGCCAGUACUUUCACGUCCCCAGCACGCUUUCUAUAAGGGUCCAAACUAUUUUGAAAUCGACCUGGAUGUUCAUCGUUUCAGCUACAUUUCUAGGAAAGGGCUUGAUGCAUUCCGGGAGAGGUUGAAACACGGGAUACUUGAUUUAGGAUUAACGAUCCAGGCUCAGAAGGCUGAGGAACUGCCAGAGAAAGUUCUGUGCAACAUUCGACUAAACAAGAUUGAUUUUGUAAAUCAUGGGCAGAUACCUCAAUUUGUAAUACCUGUAUAACUCAACUCAGGUGGAAGAGAAUUUAGGGUUUAUUAUUGAAUUCUUAAGCCACAAGAAAUUCCUUGACCAGUAAAAGGUGACAGUUGUGGAAUUCCAGAUGUGGUGGUCUAUUGGAGAUGAUGAUUAAUAAAAUUAUUGUUGCCUUAGCUUGUUCAUCAAA